UCGGUUCCUUUGUAAUGGGUAUCCUGAACGUUUGGCCAUCAUAUACAACACAUAAUUACUACAUCAACCCGAACACGACAGUUUUGAGCGCUCCAAUGACAGUCUCCGAAGUUUCAUCAGUUGGAAGUUUUCCUUCUUUAGGAGCGAUGGUGGGAACAGCAGUAGCUGGGGCUUUAAUUAAUAAAAUUGGAAGACAGAAAGGAGGGGUUGUGCUUUGCUUACCUGCUAUUCUUUCAUGGAUGGUAAUCGGACAAACAUCGGCAUCCAAAGUGAUUUUAGCGGCAAGAUUUAUCAUGGGCAUCACUGGAGGAGCGUUUUUGGUCUACGGACCUAUGUUCAUAUCUGAAAUAGCGGAGGAUUCUAUCAGAGGAUGUUUGGCCUCAGGACCAGUAACCUUCUACUGUCUUGGUUCCUUAUGCUCGUUUCUCUUCGGUUGGUUCUUAUCAUACAAUGUUAUCAUUUGGACGAACGUUUUUAUCUGCGUGCUUGGGGCCAUGCUGUGCUUCCUCGUCACUGAAAGCCCUUUGUAUUUGCUAAGACAAGGCAGAGAAGAGGAUGCUCUAAAAGCCUUAGCAAAAUAUAGAGGAGGGUCAACUGAAUCGAAAAUGGUCCUUGAAGAGAUAUCAAGAUUGAAGCAAACGUUAAACCCUGCUGUUGAAAUGAUUUCAAUUACGGAUACUACAGAAGAAAAGCCUGAAGAAGCUGAAAAACUCAACCCUGAUAAUGAAAAGAUGAACACUGAAGUCACUAAAGUGGAGGUGCUACAAAAACAAUCAUCUAUCAAAUUGUUGUUUAAAUCUUACACAAAUCGCAAAGCUUUCCAGGUGGUUGCGACUGCUAUAACGUUGCAGGUAUUCAUGGGAAUGGUACCAGUGAUGGUAAACGCAGGUUCUAUUUUUAAGGAAGCAGCUCCGACCAUUGCCUCAGACGCCUGCUCAGUUCUGUUAGCUCUUGUAUUGGUCGUCAGUUGUGCAGUGACUGCUAUUAUUUCUGAUUUGGCUGGGAGAAGGUUUUUGAUAAUAUCUUCAUCUCUCAUGGUAGCAGUAUGCAUGAUUAGUCUGGGCGUGUUAACUCAGAUCAAGACUGGUCCAAGCUGGUUAUCAGCACUUCUAAUAUUGUUCUACUGCUUCUCUUUUAACUUUGGCGCUGGCACAGUGCCUUAUGUGCUUCUGGCUGAGGUGUUUGUACCAGAGGUUCAAGCAAUGGCCUCAAUGAUUCUAGUGGAAUGGGCUUGGUUUCUGAAUUAUGCCAUUCUAGAACUCUUCGUGGUAGCACGAAACCUGAUCGGCCUGCAUGGAGCGUAUUACAUUUUCGGUGCAGUGUCCAUUGGUAAUGCUAUUAUCAGCUACUUCGGAGUUCCUGAAACCAAGGGGCUAAGUAAUCAACAAAUUCAGGAGGCUUUUAGAAGAAGGUAGAAUAUUUAUAACGACCUAGGACUUUUGUAGCGUAUAAGUUUUCUAGCAGACUUCAAUUUUUUUCGGGUCUAUUGCAUAUAUUUGUUUUUUUUCAAAUAACCAACAUUUCGGAGCUUAGGACUUAGAUUUUUCACAAUUUUUUAGAAGCACCUAUAGGAACUAGAUUUUGUGUUAUUAGUGCACGGAGUUUAUAAUAUACAUAUAAUUGUGGUUCAAUUGUGCGUUGUCAGUAAUAAAAUUCACAUUAAAUGUGUCACA